GCGCUGUUUCGUUUGCGGUGCUGGGAGGAAGCAUGCAGUAUAGAUAAAGAAGCCGCCCCUCUGGGACCUCGCUGCGUUCUUUCCGGUGGAGAAGACCCUGAAACGGUUAUCAUGUCGAAGGUUAUGAACCUCAACAAUGAGGUUGUCAAGAUGAGAAAAGAAGUGAAGAAAAUCAGAGUUUUAACAAUUCGGAAACUAACUAGGCAUAUUGCUAAACUGAAGGCAAAAAAGGGUACUAAAGAUGCAGUGCUGAAAAACCAGAGACGUGCGCAAAGAUUACUAGAAGAAAUUCAUGCCAUGAAGGAAAUAAAACUUGAUCAGGUUACCAAAUCAGCACUUGGGAGAGAAAUUGACUUUGGGAUUAUCUGUAAAAAGCCCAGUUCUACAGCAAGAGACAGAGCAAUUGCUAGAUUGAUAUCUCAUCCAUUACUGAAGACCAAAAUUGCUAAUAUUGAAGCUGCGGUGAAAGACUUUAAAAAUGCAAGACAGAAGCCAGCUAGAGCUAUUUCUUCAAUGGAACAACAACUGGAAGAGCAGCUUAAUAAGCAUCCUGAGGAGAUCCAGCAUUCUGUUAGUAGUGAAACAGUUAAACAAGCUGAAUCUCAAGAUAAAACAAAGGCAAUCAAAAAAGCACAAACUAAUAGGGGGAAAAAACAUAUUUUUGAGUGUGGAAUACAGAAAAUGGCAGAUAAUAUGAAAAAAUGUCCCUCAUACACUUCUGCUAUGCCUGACACAGAAAAUGACAAAUUAAUUCAUCAGGAUCAAAUUGGAAACUCCGAAUAUUCACAAGAAAAAAUAUAUUUGAAUGACAAGACAGUAGGUGACUCUGAUGAAGAUGUGGAUAAAAGUGAGGGCAAUAGAAAGGAGGAAUGUUUUGAUGACAGUACAGAAGAGAGGUUCUAUAAUCAGUCUUCCGGCACUGAUGAAAGUAACAAUAAUGAUGAUUUCUUCAUUGGCAAAGUAAAGAGAAUGAAAAAAAGGAGAGCAGCUAAUGCUUCACAACCUACAGAACAAAAAAUUAAAACUAUGCCACUAAAAAAAACAAAGGAUGCACAACGUGACAGAGUAUUAGACCCAGAUUCAAAAGACAGCAACCAGAGUUCCAAAGCAGGGAAGCCAGGAACUGUGUUUUAUCACGUAUUGUCCGACGCUCAAGAACCUAUAAUUCUGAAAAGGAAUAUUAGAGGCCAUUAUAUUAGAAACAGGGCAAUUUUUGAAAAAAAUCACCCACAGAAACAGAUGUCUAAAAGUUCGGCAGUAAAACAUACAAUUGGGAGGAACCCUCCACAGCAACCCCUUCAUCCAUCAUGGGAAGCAAGAAGAAAAAUGCGAGAGCAAAUAUCUCAAAUUACAGCAUUCCAAGGGAAGAAAAUUAAAUUUGAAGAUUAGAAUUUGAUUUUUAAAGAUGGCAUCGCUGAUUUUUUGUUUUGUUUUUGUUUUUUUUGCAGUGUUACAUAUUGACAAUUCUGCAGUAUGUGUGUGAAGCCGUAUAAGCUAAAAAAAAAUUACUUUGAGGAAAAAUAAUUUUUCACUGCACAACGUUACUGUUUUGAUGUUGGCACUUUUGUCAAAAAUAUUUUUAAAAAAUAUUUUUUAUUGAUUUUUACAACAACACAACAUACAAAACAUCAACACAUCAUAUGUGUGUCUUUUUACAUAUCAGUUUCGUUCCUCUUUCUACUUUCUACAUUCCCCAUUUUUUCAUUCUUUAUUGCUUUAUCUUUAUGAUUGGCUAAAGACUAGGGAAGGUAAAAGGGAAUAAAUGAUGUGAUAAAUGUCAAAAAUAUUUUUAGCAAACAUAUUUUUUGUUUACUUAUAGAGAUCUUGCAUAAAAAGAUCAGUGGAUUGAUUAUGGUCUGUCGACAUAUGUAGAGUUCCUUCACGGAGAAUAUUUUGAAUCUUCUAAGAUCCAUUGCUGAGGAUCUGCAAGACACUUAUUAACCAAGAGAGGAAGAAGGAAGCUCCAACUAGCUAAAUUAAAACUAAGAAGUAAAUGGGUUUUUAUUUAUUCAACCUAAAUUAUAGCAUUUAAAAGCUAAUGUCAGCUUUGGAAGCCAUAUUAGGCCGGAAGCGCCAAUGCUGCCAUCUUCUCAUGUGUGGGAAAGUAGGAGAGGGGGUUAGUAGACAUAAUAGUAUUCUUCCUGUCGGUCAAGGUCAGGGCGAUCCCGCAUCUGGAGGAGGGGUCAAAGGGCUGGAUCGGGAUGGAACGGACGUUGAUUGGAGCAUGUGACCGACUGGGUGGAAAAGGGGAUGGUUUUGGGAGCUUUGACUUACUGAAGGAAAACCCAGGCUUUUCAGAUUUGGGUUUUCCCAGAUGUGCUAGUUUGCCUAUUUUAGUAAAGAGGACUUUGGAAAAUGCUUGCUUCCGUGUCUUGUCUUGGAAUGGGGGUUUUUCUGGAACGCUGACAGCUAAUUCAGCUGCAAGGUUGAUUUUGAUUGCAAGGUAGAUUUUAUGGCUUCUUUGUUUGUUUUUGCCAUUUAGCCCCUACUCAGCUGCUUCUUUCUGUGGUCAUGGAUAUGAAACAAACAUGUCUGUAGUCUGCAGAACAACUCUGAUGAAUCUUAUGAAAGUAGACUGGUGCCUUUGAAAGAUUAUACCAUAAUAAAUCUAUAAUUUAAAAUA